AUGACAAAAACAGUUGCAGCCCCGGAUAAUGACAAGGAGGUUUCUGCAGCGAAAAUUUCAGAAGACGGACCGGAGCCUACGGUGCUUGAAGCGGGUUCUAGCAAAGAUGAUCCGAGGGAUAAAUUGCAGCCGCCGCCGCUGGUGGCUGCUAUGACUCCCGACGAGCGAGUCCUAGCCGAAAAGCGGUUGAGGAGGAAAAUCGAUACACGGUUAAUGCCCAUGGCUAUUCUGAUGUACAUCAUGAACUACCUUGAUAGAAAUAAUAUCGCUGCUGUACGCCUGGCUGGUCUCCAAGAAGAAUUAAAUCUCUCCAGUGUAGAGUAUCAGACCAUCAUCUCCAUUCUUUUUGUCGGGUACAUUCUCAUGCAAGUUCCCUCUAACCUCUUCCUUAAUAAGUUUGGAAAACCUGCUCUCUACCUACCGACUUGUAUGGUUGUAUGGGGUAUUAUCUCUGGAGCUACAGCUGCAUGUCAAAAUUUCGGCGGACUAAUUGCAUGUCGUUUUAUGCUUGGAGUGGUCGAGGCUGCGUAUUUCCCGGGCUGCCUGUUCUAUCUCAGUGCAUGGUAUACGAGGAAAGAGCUUGGGUUCAGAACUGCGGUGUUGUACUCUGGGUCUCUGAUAUCAGGCGCCUUCGGUGGACUGAUCACAGCGGGUAUCAAAGAAAACAUGGAUGGGACACAUGGAUUGCGAGCGUGGCGCUGGGUGUUCAUCAUCGAGGGGGGUAUCACUGUCGGCAUUGCCUUUUUGGCGUUUUGGAUACUGCCAAACUUCCCACUCACAACGUCGUGGCUGACCGAUGAAGAACGUCAGCUUGCUGUCUUCCGGCUUGAAGAAGACAUUGGUGAAGAAGAUUGGGUAUCUUCAGAGGCACAGACUUUUUUCAAGGGCCUCAAACUUGCUUUGGUGGACAUCAAGACCUGGGUCUUCACAAUCAUGCUCCUCUCGAUUGUCUCCUCAGCAUCGGUAACGAACUUCUUCCCAACUGUGGUGAAGACCCUUGGAUACUCGAAUACCGAAACGCUGUUACUUACAGCCCCGCCUUACCUCCUUGCAGUCAUUACAACUUAUUUCAAUGCCUGGCACGCAGACCGUACAGGCGAACGCUUCCUCCACAUCGUACUCCCACUCUGUGUCGGCGUAUUCGCAUUCAUCCUGGCAGCUGCUACUCACACAACAGCACCUCGAUACGUUGCCAUGAUGCUCAUGGUACCGGGUGUGUAUACGGGCUACGUCGUUGCAUUGGCCUGGAUUUCCAACUCGUUGCCGCGCCCGCCUGCGAAGAGAGCAGCAGCGCUAGCAUUCAUCAACGCCGUCAGCAACUCGAGCUCGAUUUAUGCUAGUUACAUGUAUCCGCAGCCAAAGAAGGGUCAGCCAAAAUUGACCAUACCCUUGAGUGUAGAUUGUGCAACGGCUGCGUUGGCGAUUAUCAUGGCGGGCGUUAUGCGCAUCAUUCUCGUACGACUUAACAAAAGGCUUGAUCGCGGAGAACAUGUUGAGGGCGCCAUCAACAGCGUACCGCGUGCUGGGCAAGAGCGUGGAUUCAGAUUCCUGGUCUAG